AUGGUUGUUCUAAAAACCGACAUUGAUUUUUCUGGAUUCAUUUGUCUUGUUUGUCUCCUCGGUAAUGUGAAACGCCUCCGAGUUGACCUCUAUGUGGUGUACCUACUUGGGCUAAUUGUUCUUGCUUUAUUCCUUGUAUAUAGUACCUCUGAACAAAAGAAUUUCCGCGUACUUGUGCUUGUUAUCUUAAUCUGGAUCAACUCAUCAAAGAGUUCCUCGCCUGACCAACCAGUGCCACUUGUGUCAUUCGAGAUCAUCGACGAGGUUAAACCGGGUCACACGAUUGGAAACAUUCGUCAGGUUCUAUGGCAAAAGUCCUCCACUGUAUUCUCGCUUGUCGUCGUGACGUCGUCCAACUUCCAGCGUUUCAAUGAGUACUUCUCAAUCACCAAAAAUGGCACAGUCAUUGUCCAGAAACUGGUUGAUCGCGACAACCUAGACGAUGUCUGUGGACCCCUAGACUGCUGCCAGUCUGCCGUCUGCACAAUCGACGCUCGUGUCAUGUUCAUUGUGGACCAAAACGAGGACUCAAGUGUCAGUUCUAACGACCAACUGCCAGCUCACCUUCAACUCCGAUUAGUCGACGUGAACGACAACUCUCCACAGUUUCCUCUCAACUCCAACGGUCGUCCAGAAUUCACGGUUCGUAUUCAAGAAGGCGGUAAAUUUGCCCGAGAAACGCUUCCAUCGGCAGUUGACUUAGACAGUGCCGAGAAUGGCAUUGUUCAGUAUCGCCUUAGCAGCGACAAAAAUCCUAAUCAUUCCACAGACGAACUGUUCCGUUUGAGCUACGAAAAGGUCUUGUCGGAUCCGUUGAACAAGUCUCAAGGAUGGCGACUGUCACCGCCAAUGCUGAUACAGCUUCGCGAACUGGAUUUUGAGGUUCCAACAGAUAGGCAGUUCAAGCUGAUUGUCAUUGCUAUUGAUGGUGGUAAUCCCGCAUUGACAGGAUCGCUUUCUGUGACCGUCAAUUUAAUGGACAUCAAUGACAACUCUCCCAUCUUCGAGAAGACCAAUGUUUCGACUAUCGAAUUAGCUGAAAAUACCACCUUUUCACCAAAUCCCAUCCAUAAGUUCAUCGCUACUGAUCUAGACUCAGGCGAGAACGGUCUGAUCAGCUACUCGCUUAGUCCGUUGAACGAACCACGGGUAUUCGACAAGUUCUCCAUCGACAAUUCGAACGGAGCACUCUACCUGAUCUCGGCUCUUGACUACGAAGUCUACAGUGAAAGGCAUUUUACGGUGAUUGCUGUUGCAUCAGACAAUGGCACGCCCAAACGCAGUGGAACUACUACUCUGACCGUCGUCACACGCGACAUUAACGACAACUUACCAACGCUGGUGGUUCAGGAGAACAUCACGGUCAUUGAAGGCAUCAACUACACCAAACCAGUUGUUCGGUUCUAUGUUAAGGACGAUGACUUCGUUUCCAGAGGCAAGGUGACCUGUCGACCAUCUCCGAGUCGUGCAACGGAAGCUGGAAUAGCAGCUGGCGCAGCCUCGCUUCGAUUGCAGGAGGUCACUGCAAACGCCUACUUUGUCUUCACAGAAGGCAUCUUUGACUACGAGGAGACAAAAUCAGCUAGUGUAGAGAUUGUGUGCUCAGAUAGGGCUUUGGGUGAACCUUUGACGUCUCCAGACCGUCCUAUCCGCAUCACCGUCGCCAUUGGCGAUGCUAAUGACCAUUAUCCUGAGUUCGGCGUGUCGGAAUUUCUCACAAAACUGCCGGAACACUCUCCAGAAGGCACAAGAAUCGCACGGCUCACCGCUACCGACGCCGAUUCUGGACUGAACUCCCGUGUAACCUACUCUCUCGUGAAUGACAACGGAGGUCGAUGCAGCACCCUGGAGGCACUCAGCAUAGACAGACAGACGGGAGUUGUGUCUGUAAAAAACGGCAACUGUCUAGACCGCGAGGCUAAUGAGGAGGUUGAAGCCUUUGUUGCCGCUGAAGAUGGCGGUGGUUUAUCAACUUCGGUGAAGCUGAAGAUUCGUCUAAUGGAUGUCAAUGACAAUGAACCGAGAUUCCAGGUUACGGAUUCCUUCAGUGUGCCUGAAAACCGUCCAGGUGGCUUCGUCAUCGGCAGUGUGAGAUGUACUGACGCAGAUGUCGGCGUGAAUUCUGGCAUUCUCCUAGAACUGUCCGAAAACAACACGCAGUCGGUGAAAGAGAGCUUUGAUCUACUGCUCAGCGAGGGUUUGUCCCCGAAUGUCGUUCCCGGCCGAGGUAAAGUCAGCGGAAGAGGUGAAGUCUCGGCCGUGCUAGUGACCAAAAAGCGUCUAGAUCGAGAAGAGGUUGAAACCUACACCAUCCAGCUGGUUGCCACAGACAUGGGUGAACCUCCGCUAAGAGCUCACAAAACCAUCCAUCUGGUUGUGCUAGACGAAAACGAUAAUCAGCCUAUACCCCGAUUUCCGCAGCCCUUCACCACGGUUGGAUAUCAUCCACUGGUUCACACUAACUCGCCGUAUGGUUCGAAGGUAUGCGUUCUGCGUUCCCACGAUCCUGAUAGAGGCGAGAAUGGAACCGUCGUCUACGACAUCCAGCCUGGAACUAACGGAUCACGGGACUUCCAUCUAGAUAGGGUGACAGGCGCGUUGACGACGAUGUGGCACCAGAAAGGUCCGACCCCAGGCGUCUAUGCGAUCAAAGUUUUGCUCUACGAUAUGGGGCAGAAUGCCACCAAGGUUGAGUGGAACUUCUUCGUCUACAUCAGUCCACGAAAUCCCCAUCUUGAUUCCACGUCCAGCAUCAAAACGCGCUUCUCAGGCGGGCCAAACACAACACUAGCAGUCGGGAGCAAGUCGUGGGGACGACUAUCCCAAAUCGCCAGCAUCAUGAUCAUCAUUGCGGUAGCAGUGGCGAUCGUGCUAGUGAUCAGUUGCGCGUGCAUGAUCAAGCUGCUGGUCAGAUCCAAGUCAAAGAGCCAUCCUCCUAGUGGAACCCCUAAAAGUGGUUCCAGCGCACUCUACUCACCUUCCACGCUUGGCAUGGUGUACACCCAAUCCCCAACGAUCAAUAACGCGCUGUCUCCGGACACACCCAAGUACAACCUUUCGACACCAGAACACGUCAAUUGGUGCAUGCGACCAGUGGAGAUGAUUGGCCAGUCCGAUGGUCACGUGCCGCCCUUGGAAGGAACCACUGGUAACGGCUACUACUUCACCUCACCGCCUUACGGAACUGACACCAUGUCUAGGUGUGGCUGCACAACUCUCUGGCAAGGCCUUCCUCCAACGUAG